CACUCCCCCGCGCGCGCGCACGCUCCCCGAGCGAGUCGCCGACGAGAACCAUAUCCCACUUCGCCCGUCUCGCGAGACGCGCAGCCGUCGCCGUCGAACGCGCGCUUCCUCACCCCGGGUCCGUCGCGCCUUUCCGCGCGCCCCAGCAGUGCCUCCAUCCCAAACGCGAGUUAACCUUCUUUCGAGAACCGCGCACGAUGUCGACGAUCACCGUCGAUAACAUCAACGCCAAGGUGCGCGAGAUGCAAUACGCCGUGAGAGGCGCGAUCGUGCAGCGCGCGGGCGAGAUCGAGGACGGGCUGAAGGCGGACCCGUCGAAGUAUCCGUUCGAUAAGGUGGUGUACUGCAACAUCGGAAACCCGCAGUCGCUCGGGCAGAAGCCCAUCUCGUUCUUUCGCCAGGUCCUCGCGUUGUGCGAUUACCCGGACCUCCUCCUCGCGCCCGGGAUCGAGAAGACGUUCCCGGAGGACGUGAGAAAGAUCGCGAAGGAUAUCCUGGACAACACCACGGGCGGCACCGGGGCGUACUCCCACUCCCAGGGCGUGGCGUUCAUGCGUAAGAUGGUCGCGGCUGGGAUCUCGGAUCGCGACGGGCACCCGUGCGACGUCAACGAUCUGUGGCUCACCGACGGCGCGUCCGUGGGCUGCCACUACCUCAUGAAGACGCUCAUCACGGACGAGCGCGACGCGGUGUUGACGCCGAUCCCGCAGUACCCUCUGUAUUCCGCGUGUCUCGCGCUGUACGGCGGGACGUUGCUGCCGUAUUACCUCCGCGAGGAGCAGGGUUGGGCGCUCGACGUGGCGGAGUUGAAAUCGCAGACGGACAAGGCGAGAGGCGAGGGGAAGAACGUCCGCGCGCUCGUGAUCAUCAACCCCGGGAACCCGACCGGCGCGGCGCUCGGUUUAGAUAACCAGAAGGAGAUCGUGCAGUUUUGCAAGGACGAGGGCAUCCUCCUCGUCGCGGACGAGGUGUACCAAGAGAACGUGUACGCCGAGGGUAAGAGCUUCACGUCUUUCAAAAAAGUCGUCCGCGACUUGGGCGUCGACAUCCCGAUCGUUUCCCUGAACAGCACGUCGAAAGGGUUCUUCGGCGAGUGCGGCCGCCGCGGCGGGUACAUGGAAGUGUGCGGGAUCGACAAGGGCGUCGCGGAGCAGCUGUAUAAGCUGUCGUCGGUCGGUUUGUGCUCGAACCUCGCCGGGCAAAUCGUGAUGGCGCUCGUGAUGAAGCCCCCGAAGGAAGGCGACGCGUCGUACCCGCUGUACAAGCAAGAGAAGGACGACAUCUUGUCCUCGUUGAAGCGCCGCGCGGUCACGCUCGUGAACGGCCUGAACGCGCUCGAGGGCGUGUCGUGCCAGGAAGCCGAGGGCGCGAUGUACGCGUUCCCGAAGAUUGACCUUCCCGCGAAGUUUUUAAAAGAAGCCGAGGGCAGCGGCAUGGCGCCGGACGCGUUGUAUUGCAUGCGUCUGCUGGAAGCGACCGGGAUCGUCGUCGUCCCGGGCAGCGGGUUCGGCCAGGUAGAGGGGACGUGGCACUUCAGGACGACGUUCCUUCCCGCGGAGGCGGACAUCGAGGGCGUCGUGCAGAAGAUGACCAAGUUCCACGGCGAUUUCAUGGACGCGUACAGGAAUUAAAGGAACGAAACGCGACGAUUUCGUUUUCAUCGUCGAGUAUUAUCGAGGGAGGGCGUCUAGCCCUACGACGACACGACGUGUUGUGACUGAAUUUUUAACAAAAACAAACUUGCGUGUGUAC